CGAGCUCAUUUAAAUACUCUCCUCCUGCUCUGAAAAGCCUCGCGCGGUCCCUUCCACUCCCCCACUCUCCUGCCGCUCGCACGCAGAGACUCAGCCGCGCUCACGCCGCAAGACCAAGGCAUAGUUUUUAGGUUUGUUCCGGUGGGUAAUUGGCGUGCCGUGUUACCGCAUCAAAGAUGUCCGACGAGGGUAAACUUUUCAUCGGGGGGCUGAGCUUCGACACGACCGAGGAGUCUCUGGCCGCAGCCUUCUCCAAGUAUGGAAACAUUGCAAAAGUGGAUGUUAUCAAAGACAAAGAGACCGGAAGGUCCCGCGGUUUCGGCUUUGUUAAGUACGAGAAUGUCGAAGAUGCCCGGGAUGCAAAAGACGGAAUGAAUGGCAAGACACUGGAUGGCAGACUCAUCCGUGUGGACGAAGCAGGAAAGGGUGGUGGUCGCUCCGGAGGCGGUGGCUUUAGAGGAGGCUCAAGAGGAGGCGGGUUCGGAAGCUACAGAGGGAGAGGUGGACGAUCUUACUCACGAGGAGGUGGAGGAUAUAACAGCGACAGGGGCUAUGGCAACGACAGAGGCUAUGGCAACGACAGGAGCUACGGCAACGACAGGGGCUAUGGCAGUGAGAGGAGUUAUGGCAGCAGCGACAGGGGGUACGGCGGAUACAGAAGUGGUGGUGGCGGAGGUGGUUACAGAGAUAGGAAUCAGGUUGGAAACUAUAGUGACCGCAGUGGAGGGAAUUACAGAGACGGAUAUGACGCCUAUACUACACACGACUAAAAAUCUCCCUGAUUCAAGAUCAUCACUUGGCUGGCUGAUUAAAAAGAUGCUGUCCUCAAGAAAAAAGUCCACGUGUUACUGUUGACCUUUAUUUUUGUAGUUGUAUUCUGUUGUAGUAGCUGAAGCAUCUUAACAUUUGGCCGUUCACUGACAAAACUGUUAAACAAAAGCAACAGUUCAAGAUGCUUUCCUUGGUUGAAGGGGCAUCUUAAUCACUCUGAAGGCAUCUAGUCUUAUCCAUAAUGAAGUGAAAGAAUUGAUUGAACUUGUGGAUCAAACAACUAUCCACGUUUUUAUUUGGUUUGUUUCAAGCUUACCUCUGUUCUUACCAGCACUAGUUUCCCUGAUUUUGAUGCAUUGAUUUAUUUUGUUUAGUGUACUAUAUCCUUCAGUUUAUUGAAUCACUGAGCUACCUCCUGCCAGAGCGAGAAUAAGUGAUCGAUUUAGAACCUUUUAAACAGGCUUUUUGGGAUUUUAUAUUGCAUUCCUUUUUAGUGUUAAACACUUAGUGAGUUGAGGGUCCUGUAUGUUCAAAUUCCCAAAAGAGUGAAUUCCUUUCAGACUGAACUACACACCUGAAGUGGCCGGCUGUUCAUGAAGUUGCAAAUUGCAGCAUGCUACAGUCUGUCCAAGGUAUAUUUUUGCUCUGCUCAACGUCUGCAUUUUUAAACGUGCUGUAAAAUGGACUGCUCUUGUAAGUGAUCGUCAAAUAAUGUAACUCGUCUCCCCAAAGUAACAUUCAACUGGGAACAUUUUUUGUACUUUGUUCUUUGUAUGAUCAGUAUUUUUUUUUUCUUGUCAAUUUGGCUUUAUGGAGCCUAUUAAACGAUUUGUGGAAAAUAA